AUGGAUUCGCUAGCACUAGAGACUGAUGCCGGUCAUAGUCUUCUCGCACGAUACCGCAGGACGCAGAACAGUGGGGAUCUCGACCAAUCCAUAAACCACUUUGAACGCGCGUUGGAUCUAUGUCCCGUGGACCAUCCCUACCGCCCUGCAGCACUCUUCAAUCUAGCCACCGCAAAGUUCCUUAGCUGCCAAGCUAAUGGAAUUUACCUCGACGUCGACAUUCCUAUCUCUCUUUUUCAAGGUGCCCUUGAUUCGCGUCCCAUGGGUCAUCCAGACAGACCUACCACUCAACUCCAUCUUGCCAUUUCUCUGCUCUCUCGCUUCGCGAAACACGGCUUUCAAACAGAUGCUGACACAGCUGAAGACAAAGAUUUGGAUGAGGCUAUCGUACUUGACAGGGAAAUGUUGGCCUUGCACCCCGUCGGUCACCCAGAUCGGUUCAUGCCAUUAAAUAACCUCGCAGCUCAUCUCUCCUCCCGCUUCAAGCACCGAGGCAACGAAGAAGACUUGGAUGAGGCUAUCGUACUUCAUACGGAAGCGCUGGCUUUGUGCCCCGUCGGUCAUACAGGUCGGUCCAUAUCAUUAAAUAACCUCGCGAGGCAACUCUCCUCCCGCUUCAAGCACCGAGGCAACGAAGAAGACUUGGAUCAGGCUAUCGCACUUCAUACGGAAGCGCUGGCUUUGCGCCCCAUCGGUCACGUAGAUCGGUCCAUGUCAUUAAAUAACCUCGCGUUUCUUCUUUCUUCCCGCUUUGAGCACCGAGACAACGAAGAAGACUUAGAUGAGGCUAUCGCACUUCAUACGGAAGCGCUGGAUUUGCACCCCGUCGGUCACACAGAUCGGUUCAUGCCAUUAAAUAACUUCGCGGUUGAUCUCUGCUCCCGCUUCAAGCACCGAGGCAACGAAGAAGACUUGGAUCAGGCUAUUGCACUUCAUACGGAAGUGCUGGCUUUGUGCCCCGUCGGUCACACAGAUCGGUCCACAUCAUUAAAUAACCUCGCGCUUGAUCUCUCCUCCCGCUUUGAGCACCGAGGCAACGAAGAAGACUUGGAUGAGGCUAUCGCACUUCAUAAAGAAGCGCUGGCUUUGCGCCCCUUCGGUCACGCAGAUCGGUCCAUGUCAUUAAGCAACCUUGCGAUUGAUCUCUCCUCCCGCUUUGAGCACCGAGGCAACGAAGAAGACCUCGACGAGGCACGAGAGAAUCUCCGUUCAGCAAAUAUUGUCUCUGGAGGCCCGCUAUCCCGCCUACAAACAAGCUUCCGCUGGGUUCGCUAUGCUGAACAACACAGACAUGAUACUCAAUUGGAGGCUUAUGAGACUUCAGUAUCCUCUCGUCAUAGGGCCAUGAAGGACUUCCCACUGGCACUUGCCGUGGAUGCUGCAUCGUAUGCUCUUCGUAGCGGUGACGUGCGUCGCGCCGUUGAGUUGUUGGAACAAGGCAGAACUAUCAUCUGGACCCAGAUGACACGACUCCGCAUGCCUGUUGACGGUCUCCAGACACGCAGUGAUCAUGCAGCGGCCCUCUUGAAGAGGUUCAGAUACCUUAGCUCCCUCCUCGAUAAACCUCUCACGAGCCUUCCAGAAGGAACCCUAAAAAUCGACGUAGAAGCAGAAGAAACCCGGUACAGACGUCUAGUGAAGGAGUGGAACAGCGCUGUAGAAGAGAUCCGGAACAUCGAGGGCUUGUCUCGCUUCCUCCUCCCCCCCUUAUUCUCCGAUCUUCAAGAUGCAGCUCGUGAUGGGCCUAUCAUCGUGCUCAUUGGAAGCAAGUCGUCUUUCUAUGCCAUUGUCAUCCCACACAAGCAAACUCCGAUCAGCAUCCAACUCUCUAUCAGCGUUGAGAAGCUCCAAAUAUUGGUGGACAAACUCCACCGCACAGAUAGUCCAGCACUUAAAAAAGCCUUGACCGAGUUGUGGGAUGACGUCGUCUGCCCGGUGGUCGAGAAUCUGGACGGAAUUGCACCACGAGGAUCUCGAAUAUGGUGGUGCCCGACAUCUGUCUUCAAUUUCUUGCCGUUGCAUGCUGCUGGCGAGUACAGGAAACAAGGGCGGUUCCUUUCACAUCUCUACAUAUCUUCAUACACGCCAUCGCUCACCGCGCUGAUCAAGGCUCGCAGAAGUCAUGAAAGGUCCCCAUCGGUGCCCUUCGUUGCGAUUGGUCAGAAUCGCCCAGCCGGUGCCACAUUCACUUUGGAUGCUGUGGAGCCUGAACUGGAAUUGGUGCGGAGCCUUCUGCCCCCUCCCCCAACUAUUUCGUUUUCCAAGAUCACCAGUGUUGAUGCCACAAAAUCGAGAGCACUGUGCGCAUUGCGAGACAAUACUUGGCUCCAUCUUGCGUGUCACGGGACACAGAACAUUGCCGAACCCUUCAAAUCGGCGUUUCUUAUGCGCGAUGAGCCGCUUUCGCUCCUAGACAUCACACAAACAGAUCUGUCUCGGCAUCAAUUUGCAUUUCUUUCUGCCUGCGAGACCGCAGUGGGUGACCGUAAUACUCUUGAUGAAGUGAUACACCUAGCGGCUGGCCUGCAGUUCGCCGGGGUCAAGAGCGUCAUUGGAACAUUAUGGAAGGUCAACGAUAGUACGGUGGAGCGCUUAGUCAAGGCAUUCUAUAAACACUUUUGCGGGGAUGGCACGGUGAACUCAAAACGAGCUGCCCGGGCGCUGCACCGAGCGGUGUAUUCGCUAGGUUCUGACCAAGACAUACCUUUGAACCAGCGCAUAUUGUUCGUGCAUAUUGGCAUAUGA